UUCACAUUUGUUUACUUUUAGCAAAAGGAAUUGUUCAUGUCCUGAACACUAGCAUAUAAGGUUAAAAAAAAACAUUUUCAACGCCUGGCAAUAUAACUUUUAUUUUCGCACGAUGUCUGGAAGUCUUGAAGUUCCUGAAGUAGGGCAUAUAAUAAAUGAAAAGGAAACAAAUGAAAAGCAACCAAACAACGUAAACAGACACGAAAGCCACUUCUUCUUGAGGGGAACCAAACCGCAACCAAAGCGUUGUGAGGCAACUAAAUUUGGGUUAACCAAGGCACAGUACUUCUUGUCUGGUCCGCUUGAAUGGAGUCGUUCUCGUCUUCGUCCUCCUCGAUACCGACGCCAUUGCAGCGCAGUGUCAGGGAUAUGGAUAGUCCGGACAUUUGUGAAACCCCAUCCCAAGGCGAUGAGGAGGAUUUUUGUUUCCGAUAUCCUAGCUACAUGUUCCCGGAGGUGGAGUACGAUGAUUUGGAAGUUCCACUUCCUUUUAAGGCCAGUCCGGAUUCACUUUUCAAUCUCUGUGCUGCUGUGGUGGAUUCUCAAGCUCGUUCUGAGGUCUUCAAGUGGAGCAUUAACGAUGUUGCCGAAUGGUUGCGCAAUUUUGGAUACCCCGAGUAUGAGCAAACGUUUCGAGAGAACUAUAUCGAUGGACAUAAGCUUCUAAACUUGGACGCUGUUUCCCUGGUGGGCCUAAACGUUCGCAAUUUCGAGCACAUCCGUCACCUGGGCAGAGGCAUCCGGGCCCUGUAUCGGAAGGAGUUGCAAACUGCCACGGAGACAAAGCAGCAGAGCGAGGUCUACAAGACGUUUCGGGCCCGAACUGGACGUGGAUACGAGGGAAUACGGGAAACAGAGCUCUUGGGCCGGAUGCACAUGAUCAGAUCCGUUUUCCGUGAUGUUAAUGACUGGGAUCUUAUGGAACUGCACAUGUCCCGGACGCCAAUGAGACGCUACCGCGAAGUUAUAGCUGGAGCCCGGCGUUACAAUUUAUACGGUCCCUCGACGGCUCGCAGGGAGCCUAUCAUAACCGAUGAUGUUGACACCUCGUCGUGGUUCAAUUUUGGGGAUUGUUAUUAGUUGUUGUUGUGGAAACAGGAGGAGCUCCUCGAGAGGUUUACUAUUAGCCUAUUGUACCAAAAAUAUUGUAGUUUAUCACGUUUUUUUUAAUACAAAAAGUUUCAAUUUAAAUUGAACUUAAAGAACGUACAUCAAGUUUGAGCAAUUAGGACUUUUCUUUGAAAAUAUUUUAGUUAAAACCCUUAACUUUAUUGAUAUAUUGCUUAUAUUAUCAUUUAAGGACUCUAGUAGCUGGUUUGAAUACAGUUUUGUUCUGAAAAUACAAUGUUUAAUGGAGAUAAUUAAAAAUGUUGCACAUAACAUCAAACCGAUUGUUGCCGCAUGUUGGUGGGAAUAUCCCACAAUUAGGCGUAAUUUUCAGUUAACCCCUUUCAUAAAUAAAUUAGUCUCCAAUCAUUCACUUUCAGUUUCCGUGGUCAAUGGGCCAUCCAUCCUGUCCAAUCAGUCGUCAUGGCACUUAUCGCCCUGGUUGUAAUUCUGUUGUUUUCGGUUGUUCCAUCGUUGAUGUUGCUGGGCUGUUGUGCCGUCUACGUUCGCGUCCGCUCAUGUGUU